GGCCAAUCACUUGCGAUUACGAUGCCUCUUGUGGGCGUGGUCCAUUCCUUCCAGGAUGUCCAUGUUUAUAUUCUUUUAUUGUGUCUCCACUGAGAACAGUGUAAGAGGAAUGGAUUCCACGCAAAUACUCAGUGACUCAAUCUUGGAGUCAGAUGAGGAAGAAAAUAAAGGGGAGAUCGAAAACAAGAGGGGGCGACCUUUGGCUAAGCUGUGGGUCUUAAAAAAUGAACACAUCCCUGAGACAGAGAUGCCCCUCUUUCUGGGCGACAAUGUGUUGGGCCGUGACCCCAGCACCUGCACCGUGCCCCUACCAGCACCCUCUAUCUCCAAGCAGCACGCCACCAUCUGCAUCUCCGUCCACAGGAGAAGAGGCCGUCACAAUGAAGCGGAGAUGGAGGCUUUGAUCUGGGACCGAGGGAGUAUGAACGGGACCCGCAAGGGCCACUUAAAGCUGACCCCUAAUGUACGCUAUGCCCUCAGCGAAGGUGACGGUUUGGUGGUGGCAGACGUCCCGUGUCAGUAUGUCAGCUGCACUGUUGACUCGUCGGAAGGGGACACGACGGCCUCUGUGGGCAAACAUUCGGGGGCGAAUGCCGAGUCGCCCGAUGGCUCGGGAGAAGAGGGAAGUGACACAAGCACAGGCAGCAAGAGGUGCGUCAAUGGGGAUACAGAGGCUGGUGUGUUGUUAUCUGAUCAGGAGGACAGUGGGAAGACUUCUGUGUUGACCAGUUGCUUGUCCUUUGAGCAAACUCCAACGCACCCACAGGGGACCCUGGUCCCAGAAUCUGAUUCGGACUCAGACGAUAGCAGAGGAGACGGAAGGCGCAAGGCUCUUGUGUCCAAUUCUGACUUCCAUGAAUCAGGUCCCGUCUGUUCCACCUUCCUGAGUCCCACAAACAAAAUUGUCCCUGAAAGUGAGGAUGAAAGUCCCAUCACACCGCCGUCCUUGGCUAAAAACAGGCCUCACAUACAUGUCGGCUUCAGUAAGGAGGACCACGCCGUUGAGAUGGGCCAACAGCAGCUAAAGAACGAAAACACGCUUGGAGUCAACAUGGACAACAACAAUGAAGAAGAGGAGGAAGAAAGAGCAGCACUGGCGGGGAGUAACCCUGAGGAAAGUGAACACCAUGUGUCAGGGAAACAGGAAAGCAAUGUCAGCCUUACUGGAGAGAAUGAAUUGCCCAAAUCUUCAGCGACAUUCUUGACAGAUGCGAUCCCUGUGCUUGACAUGGACAGUGACACUGAUGUGGAGGGAGAGGAGGACAGAGUGGCAUCUGCAAGCCCAGUGACCUUGAAUGCAAACCAACAAGCUGUUCAUUUUUAUAUAGAUAGUGAUACCGAUGUCGAUGAGGAUGUUCAAAAACCUCUGCCUUCCUCUGCGGACCGCACUAAACCGCUUCAUGUGAUUUCAGUUGUUCAGCCAGAAGGCAUCACCUUCGACAGCGACACUGAUGUGGACGAGGAUGCGGUGUCAGAAGCUGCUAUUGCUACAGCCCCGCUUCAAAGCACAGACGCAGUUGUGUCUUCCCCUUCUAUGCAGGGCAACAAUUUCCACCUGGGCAGUGACACAGAUAUCGAGGAGGAGGAAGAAGAAAAUCAAUGUGGGAAAAAUAGUGUGUGCUUUAAAAUAGAUGAAACUCCCACUAGAUUAGAUAUCCAUCCAACCGGGCUGGAAUCAACACUCGACAGCGAGACAGGGGAUGGCGCUUUUCCCGCCCCGGCCAUCAGGGAACUCUCGGUGGUGUCUGCUGUGGCGGAGUCCGUCGUCACUGCAGAUUUAGGAGCCGUUUUAGGUUUUCUGUCUGACAGCGACACCGAUGUGGAAGACGACUCUUCUCUGCUCACACCCGCUGUUGCCUCAAACUGGUCCACCAAUCCUAGUAUAAUGUCAGAAGCUCUCCAGUCAGAUUCCGGUGCAGACAGGGAUGUUGAUGAAUCCAGCGGGUGCCCUGCUGGGGAUGGGGUCGAUCCCGCCGACCUCAGAGUGGACAGUGACACGGAUGUGGAGGAUGAGGAGAAGGCAGGUGAGAACCAGAUUCCAAGCCUGCGCAGAGAAAAUACUCCCGGGUUGUUGGUUCCCCUCCAGCAGAACUGCUCUACUCCUGUCCAGUCGUCAGGAAGAGAACUGGAAGAUAUGGAGACUCAGGCUUUCCCGAUUGCCGCAUUUGGACGUUUAAGACCUAUAUCCCUGUCUCCCUGCUCAGCCGGCCCGGAGGACAACUUGUGUGUUGUGGCUGAGACCCAGUCGUUCCUUCUUCCUACCAGAGACUGCCAGGGAAGCACUUCAAAGGUCCACAACAAGGACCCCAUCCAGUCCUCUGUUAGUGAAACAUGCAAACAGUCCAUUAGAGGAGAGGCUUUCCAGCUGGGAUUGUCUCAAAGCAGCCACCUGGAGGGUCAGGCCCAAGCUCUAGCAACAGAGAGCACCCAAGCUUUUGUGUCUGCGGUGGAGGGUGUGAAUCUGGAAGAUACCCAAGCAUAUGGAGACAGAGCCUCCUCAGAUAACGAUUCAAAUCUGCAGGCACAUGAAGAUGAUCAGGAACCAGCCAGAUGUUCAGAAAAGUCUGCCAUAGAGGGUCAUGUAGAUUUUGCCCUAGAAGCAACACAGGCUUUUAUUUCCGAGCCUGACCGUGAUUCGGAGGUUGAAACCAAUGAAGAUGAGAGAGAAAACACUGCUGCCGCUGAGACUCAGCCUUUCCACAUCUUCACCUCAUCUACUUCUAUUGCUUUGGCUGAAACCCAACCAAUGUUUAACAUGGAGAUGGAGGAGGAGGAGGAGAGUUUGGAUCACACAAAUCCUAUUCCCUUUGUACUACAAGUCAAGUCCAGCUCACAGCAUGUAACAGAAGAGAAAGAGGAACAGGUGGAGGCAGCUCAACCUGUGGCUGAAACUCAGCCCAUGCGUGUCAGUGAGGAUGAGGAAAUUGAUGGUGAGGAAUUGUUUCCGCAAAAAACAAACGCAAAGCAACCGCGGCUUGAAGAGCAGACACAAACGCUCGCAAAAUUUGAAUUAUCACUUGUUGACACGCAGCCAAUGCACACUGGUCCAGCUGAAGCUCGGCCCGUGGCUACGAGUGGAAAGGAGGACGGUGAUGUUGGGGAUUCACUUCCAGGUCCACGAAAAAGAAAAGCAAAGCAACUGCAGACACAAACACCUGCAAACUCUGAGCUUUCUACUGGUGAAACUCAGCCAGUGGAGACAUGUGAAGAUUCAGAAAGUGAUGAAGAGGACUCUGCUCCAGGUCCACGAAAAAGGAGAGCAAAGCCAUUGCAACUCGAAGACGAGGCGCAGCCCCUCGCAAGCUCCGCAGUUGUUGAAACUGAGCUGUCGGCUACAUGCGUAAGUGAGCAAAGAAAUGAUGGAGACACCCCCCCAGGUCCUAGAAAGAGAAAAGCAAAGUCACUGCCACUUGAAGAAGAGGAGACGCAUCCCCUCACAGCGUCUGAAGUCUCUGCUGUUGAGGCUCAGCCUGUGGCCGCAGGGGAAGAAAGAGAAAGUGACGAUGAGGAGUUAAUUCCGGGUCCACGGAAAAGAAGAGCAAAGCCAAUUCAGGGAGAGGGCUCUACCCAAGAAACUAAAACUGUCACCCCGCCACCGAGGGGAAGAGGUAGACAAACCGAAGCUGGAACCAGUGGCACAACUGUUGGAGGGAGAAGAACAACAAGGGCCAGACGAAGAGAAGAAGAGGAGCAGGCAGAGUGUUCUGAGCCUCCAAAGAGACGGACCAGCAGGGCGACGAAGGCUUUGCCGAGUACUACUCCUACAGUGAGGAGAGGAAAAGCAAGGCUUGAUGAGGAGGAGGGUGUAAAAGAGGAGGAGAUAGAGCAAGACAAACAAGCCAGAGGGAAAUCCUUUAUGAUGCAUCCAAAAGAUAGCAGGGAAGAUGAGGAAACGCUUGAAACGGGAAGGAAAAACAUUGAUAACGACAACCUGAAGAAACCGAAAGGGAGGGAAGAACAGUAUCAAUUGGAAAUGGAAAGAAAAGUUAAAGAAGAGCGUGAAAGACUGCAGGCUGAAGAUGCAGAAAAGUUAGGACGUGAACAAGAGAGAGCGGAAAAAGAGCGAAUAGAGAGAGAAAGAAAGGAAGAUGAAAAGAAAAUAGCUGAUAGGGCACAAAAGGAAAGAGAAGAACAAUUGGAGCAGGAAAGAAAGGAGAAGGAAGAAAAUGAGAGACAUGAAAAAGCAGCAAGAGAAGAGAAGGAGAGAAUAGAAAAGGAAAGAGAGAAAGAAGAAGAAGAGAGGUUAGAGCGCGAAAAAGCAGCAAGAGAAGAGAAGGAGAGAACAGAAAAGGUAAGAAAGGAGGAUGAGGAUAAAGUGAGAUUAGAAUGCAAAAAAGCGGAGAGAGAAGAGAAGGAAAGAAAGGAGGAGGAGGAAAAAGAGAGAUUGAAGACAGCAAAGAGGGAACUAGAAGAAAGACUCGAGAGGGAGAGGAACGAACAAGAAAAAGAGGCCAAAGAAAAACAAACAAAAGCACAACAAGGAAACAAGAAAGAUAAAAACAGCCCCAAAACAACCCCAACAGCUCGAAGAACGGCCAGGAGGACACCAGGAGGGCAACAAGACCCGACCACAUCAGCCAGCGAUGACGUCCCGGCGAGGAGAACCCGAUCUCGCUCCAACUCUUCCAAUUCGGUCAGCUCAGAGAGGUCCGUUUCAAGUGUGAGCACCCAGGGGAGCAGUGGGAGAGGCCGAGGGGCGAAGAGGCAGGCCGCCGUCGCCAGGAGCAGCACGAGAAGGACCGUCGCUGCAGAGCCAACACAACGGGACAUUUAUGCUCUCAUUCCCCAGGGAGUCCUUUCCAGGUCCAACGCUGAGAUUUCCAGCGGCAGCCCGAGCUCUCACAGCAGAGGAAGAGGCGGGAGGCAGCGAGGAAGAGGGAGGAAAACUGAGUCCGACUCCGUCCCUCCUGCCGAUAAGCAGAGUGGCCGGAAUGUGGCUCUCGAACCUACAACCAGAGGAAGGAGAAGUAGGACAGCAGAGGGAACCUCCAAUGAAGUCCCCCCAGAGGAGGAGAAAGAAGAAGCACCUUCUCGGCCGGCUGCUACCGUUAGAGGGCGACAGCGAGCUGAUGCUAAUCAGCCUAAACCCGCAGAUGAGAAGUCCCCUUCGAGUCAAAUGUCUGCCAGGAAAGAUUCACCUCUGCCUAAAAGGAAUGUCUUGGGCAGAGGCCAAAAAGCAGUCAAGGGUGAGACUGUGGAGGUACCAGUAGCUCCUGCAGUCAGUGAUGGGGAGGAGGCUAAGGAGAAAACCAAAGGGAGAAAAAGAGAGUCAAAGGCGAACGCAGAAGAGGAUUCCAGCUUGAGCUCCAAAAUGUCAGAAGCCCAAACAAUCGAGGCAGCACAAGUCCAAGUUAUGAGAAGAGGGAGAGCAUCCAGCGCUCAAGCUAAGAAUAAGGCAAAAGACUCCUCUGCUGAAUCGGAGGUGAAAGAAGAGAGCGAGGAAAUGGAGGAGGGGACAGUGCGUAGGAGAGUCAGAGGUCGUCCAUCAAUGGUCCAGAAACUGAAGAAAGAGAAGCAGGAAGAAAGGAACCUGGAUCCACAUGUGGAGGCAUCAGAGCCCCAGACUCCGUCCAGCAGCGCGUCCCGGAAGAGACAAGCUCUCACGGACUCCUCGCCCGUGGCAAAGACCCCUCGCUCCUCUUCUGCUUCGCCGGCCGCCGGGGGGCAAUUGCGAGCUGCCAGACAGGCCUACAAGGUGCUGUUCACAGGUGUGGUGGACGAAGAAGGGGAGCGAGUGUUGGCUCGUUUGGGGGGCAGCAUGGCCGAAGGAGUGGCAGACAUGAACUGUCUGGUGACCGAUAAGGUGCGCAGGACCGUCAAGUUCCUGUGUGCGUUGGCCAAAGGAGUCCCCAUUGUCACCACGCACUGGCUGGAAAAGAGUGGUAAGGCUGGGAGCUUCCUGUCUCCUAAUGCGUUUGUUGUGAAGGAUCCAGAGCAGGAAAAGAAGUUCAGUUUCUGCUUGCAGGAUUCCCUGGGGAUUGCCAGCAGUCAGCGUCUCUUACAGGGCUAUCAGAUCCAUGUCACUAAGUCCGUGAAACCAGAGCCUGUUCACAUGAAAGACAUCAUCUCGUGCAGUGGAGCUACCUUCCUUCCCAAAAUGCCCUCUUCUCACAAGCCAAAGACUGUCGUGAUUUCCUGUGAGGAGGACUUGCCGCUCUGCGGCACGGCGCUCUCUGAAUCCGUCCCGGUGGUCACAGCUGAGUUCAUUCUCACGGGGAUCCUUCGGCAAAAAGUUGACCUUCAGACCCACAAACUUUCUGUCCCUGCAAAUACUCCGCAGCCUGCAGGCGGCAGGGGAAGGAGCAGGAAGAAGACUUAGCCCCACCUGGGUGCACUGUGUUAAAAAAAAAUAACACUCUCGUCCCACAUAAAUUAUCUUUCAAAUCAGAGACUUUUAAGAAACAUUUGUGAGCAAACUAUGAAAGACUUAAGGAAUGUAUCGAAGCAUAUUGCGGACGUAUCAUGUGUGUAUCUUAAGUGUCGAUGUUGCAUUGCAUUCUGCAAUGAUGGAAGAAAGAUCGUUUUGGAAACUUACAUUUUGGAAAGUCCGUCAUAAGAAGCUGUUCUUACAAUUGUACCUUUUUUUUUUUACCUUUGCAGUUGAAGAAACAACAAUGUAGGUUUUAAAGUUGCAAAUGCUGUGAUGGUGUUGCUGCUAUGCAGGGCAGUAAAACCGUCCGUGUCACUUUUCACCUCCCGUCUUCCCCUCUUUUUGUCUCGAUAACAAGUAGAGCAGGAAUUAACAGGCCUACAGUGAGUUGCUGCUAACCUCUUUGGGUGCUAAGUGCUUUGCCUCAAUCAGCCAGUUCGGCAGGUAGCAAGUAUCCAAGUGGGAGACGUAUAAUCAUGUUUGGAUGGUGGAACAUAGGGACUAGCCAGCAAAUGGGAAAAAACAGCUUUUUUCCUAUGCUGAUAAAGUGCACCGUGCCUUUUUAUAACAAAGUAAUCAUGAAACUACCAGUGUGUCUUAUCCCUCCUGCUCCAUUAACCACCACCGACUCCAUUACGGCUUCAUCCAAUCCUGUUACAGUCAGGAGACGCAACCUACCGGCACCUGAAUGUUGAUGCGGCUUCUACUUUAAUAUCUUGAGGCCAAACGUUUAUCUGUCUUUAUGUAUACAUGUCAUUAUGUUAAAAAAAGGACCAGUAUACAGAACUCACAUUUGGUUUCUUUCUUGACCCACCUUCAAAUAUUCUGUUUGAACUUUCCGUAUCAUUUGGUGUUUUAAAGUCGGCAUCACUAGCUUGUAAUUAAGUUUGAUUUUAUAACUGUCUCACUACCAAAGUUUACGUUGAAAUCAAACCGUGAAAUCUUUUGAUUACCGAUGAAAACAUUAAAUCAUGUCUAUAUUAUGUUUAA